CAUCGUUCUCUCUCUGUCUCUGUCUCUGUCUCUCUCUGGGUUACCUCUCGCGCAAGAAAAACCCAUAUAAGAUUGAAGCCAUCGUUGCUUCCGUCUCAGAGAGAUUCAUCAGGGAAGGAGGGAAAAUGGGGUCUUCAUCUUCCGAGGAAUGCGUGAGCGGGCAAUUGGAGGAAUUGCAGAAGCAGCUUGGGAAGAAGCAGAAGUUCGAGGAGGCUGUUUCGUCCCUCAGAGCCCUCCUCCAGCAAUCCUACCCCUCUGCUUCUCCUCCGCUUCGGCAGAAGAUUUAUGCCGUUGUAUGCCGAGUUGCGACUGUUUUGAGGACAAGAUAUACAGCACCAGGGUUCUGGCAUACUGGGAUAGGGCUCUUCGAGCAGGCUGAGACCCUGGUCUCUAAACCAUCUGAGAAGGAACACUUGAGAAGCUGCAUUUCUCAAGCACGAGAGCACUUGCAUUUAGCCGAGAAUCCAGCACCUGCACAGAACAAUGCCAACAGAGGCUACUUAUUUGAGGGCCAUCUCACUGUGGAUCCUGAGCCUCCACGGCCCCAGUGGCUUGUACAGUCAGACCUCAUGAACGCAGUCGCCACUCUAGCAGCAGCUGAAUCCUCUCACCCAACGGAAGAAAGGAACUUAUCGGAAAAUACUGCAAAUCUACUGGAGGAGCUCAUUCAGAAUUUUGAGGACUCGAUCCCUGAGAUCCUUGAGGAUGUGGCUGGAGCUCCAAGGGCUCCACCUGCCAGUAAAAAAGUUGUUGCGAAGUUGCCCGUAAUUACUCUUACAGAAGAAAUCCUGGCCAAAAUGGGAAAGGGUGCAGAAUGUGCGAUUUGUCGGGAGGACUUGCAAGUCAAUGAUAAGAUGCAGGAGUUGCCUUGCAAGCACACAUUUCACCCACCCUGUCUAAAGCCUUGGCUGGAUGAGCACAACUCCUGUCCGAUUUGCCGACACGAGCUGCAGACCGAUGAUCAUGCCUAUGAGAGCUGGAAGGAGCAGGAAAGGGAGGCCAAAGAGGAGAGAAAAGGUGCUGCCAAUGCUGUUCGUGGGGGCGAAUAUAUGUAUGUUUAGGAACCAGUAGAUCGGAUAUGUAUACAUCAUGUAGUUUACUCUGAAUGCUCGUAAAAGUUCCUUAAUAUCAAGUUUCCAUCAAAACUCAUUCCUUGUUACUCUUCAAAUUCAAUUGAACGCUCAAACUUGGAGCAUCAGCUCGAGUGCUUUCAUAU